GCCAGGGAGAGGUCGCCCUCGCACCGCCAGCGCAGCCGAGGGCAGGUCCGUCUCCCGCCAGCGCCUGCCCGGGCGCAGAUGACUUCCUUUCCCCGACAGCGGCCCAGUUCUCCUUCCGGGUGGAGAAAGGAGCCCGACGGCGAUGGCGGCGGCCCCUGGGCUCGGGCUGCCGUUACUGGUGCUGAUUUUGUGGGAACCCGGUAGGGUCCUCGGCGCGGCCCGGCCGCCACCGCUUCUUCCGCAGGACGCCGAGGUCACCUUCCUGCUGCCGGCCGGGCGGAGGGAGUGCUUCUAUCAGGCCGCGCCGGGCAACGGCUCCAUGGAGCUCGAGUACCAGGUUAUUGGUGGGGCCGGACUGGAUGUCGACUUCUCCUUGGAGAGCCCUUCAGGCGCAUUGUUGGUUGAUGAAUACCGGAGAUCAGAUGGGGUGCACACCAUUGAGCCUACAGAGGGAGGUGAUUACAAGCUGUGCUUUGACAACUCCUUCAGCACUAUCUCGGAGAAGCUGGUGUUCUUUGAGCUAAUCUUUGACAGUGCUUCAGAUGAUGAGGAACUGAACAACUGGGCAGAAGUGGCAGAACCAGAAGAGAUGCUCGACAUUAAGAUAGAAGACAUUAAGGAAUCUAUUGAAACCAUGAAGAGCCGCAUGGAGAGAAGCAUCCAGAUGCAGGCACUGCUGCGAGCCUUUGAAGCCCGAGAUCGCAAUUUACAGGAAAGCAACCUGAGCAGAGUCAACUUCUGGUCAGCUAUCAACCUCAGUGUGCUGGUGGUGGUGUCAUUUCUCCAGGUGUACAUGUUGAAAAGCCUCUUUGAGGACAAGAGGAGAGUCUGGACGUAGCAGAAGGAGAAACUGCACCCCGUUUACCUAUGUGGGAGAGGUAUCCAAAGCAAUACCAACUCCCAUAUUGCCAAAGCUCAAUACUGUCCAUAUGUAGCUGCCAUUUUUCUUUUGGUCUCUUCACAGAAGGGGUUAAAAUAUCAUAGCCAAGGUAAGGGAGGGAUGGGGAGGAGCACUGAACACCCACAUCUUGUGUGAUGGUGGCAAAUGCCCAGAUAGCAACCUGUCAAAAUUGAGAGCAGGUUGAGGGAAUGGAAGAAAUUAAGCCAUUAGGCAGCUGAUAGCAAGCAAAAAGAGCAGCCAACUUCAGGGAUUCAUACAUUUCAAUGCCUCUGUUUACAAUGAAGGGUGGGGUGUUUCUCAACAUAUUGCAGCUUGCAACAAAGUUUGUCUCUUGACCUUAACCUUUGAUAUUCUACAUCAGACUUCAUCAAUCAGUGUGUGCCUUAGCAAGCUGGCCUGGCUGGAAGUAGCUUCCAGCCCAUGUUCUGUAUUUAGAAUCUCCUUGCCCUAAGAUGUCUUGCAGUACUUCAGGGCAUUAAGAAAGCUCGCCACAUGACUUUGGGAAUCUUUCCCCUUGCAAUUGUGUUUGAUUUUCUUCAGUCAUAACUACAUGAGGAGUAUUGUAACUGCUGGAUAGACUGUUGAAAAAGAUUUCGCUUUAGCAGUUAGCAAUCUGCUAAGGGUGAACAGGGCUAGUUUUGCACACUUUCCCCCCUAGUUGGACUCUGAUAGUGAGCCAAACUGGGAGAAGAGCUGCAGGGGUGGAGAAGUGGGACGUCCCCAAUCCAGCAUUCUGAUUUCCAUCAGAAGACAAACAAAAUGUGGCGAGUUUAUUCCCGUGGGGAAAUCUAUUGCCUUUCUAAGACCAACUCUUUAGAUAUCUUUAAAUGUUAGGAGUUUAUGAUUAAAUUCCUGUUUAUAGAAGGCUGACCUACAGAAUCCAUGAGUUGCUGAAUCAGACUGGUUGAAUUCUGUUUUUGUCUUCAGUGUAACACUUGAACAACUUGGAGUUCCUUACUGGAUUUACAGUAUGAGAAAUGUCACAUGUAUAACUUGAGCCUAAACUACACAUGAUAGUGUCAGAUCUGUGUUUUAUAUAUGAUUGGGACAGACCUGCAUUUAAAAUGAGAGGGGUACUGAAUCUUCCCUUCCUCCUGCUAAUGUUGCCCCUACAGAUUGUCCUCCAAUAUCCUUUCUCCAUUAGCUGCACUCCAAUAUCAGCAGCGUGCCAGGCUGGGAGAGGAGCCCUUGUGGGAGAGUGGGAGUGGGGAAAGGAACAGUGUAGCACUCCCCUCACUUUAUGCAUUAUUGAGGGACUACUAACACAGGAUCCUUUUUCUUUUCUCUCAGUUCUGGUUGAAUGUUCAACAGUAGUUAAUGCCCAACAGACUCUUUCAGAUGGGCUGUUGCAUUUCCCUUAGCAUUCUUCGUAUGUUAAAAUUCGCUUGAGCAUAGCAGUGCAUUAGCCCAAGCUGGAUAUUCAACACUACUCCAUUGGCUCCUCUUCAGGGCAGGAGCUGUCAGUUUCAGUAGCUGCAUCCCAGAUCAACUGACUGCUUUCCUGAUGGUACAAACCACGUGUGCGCACUCACGCUCUAAAAAGACUUUGGGCUCCCUGAUGUCAGAGAGUGCCUGGCACUGUAUUAAUAUAUGAGGCUGCCAAUGUUGACCCUUUUUAAUGGAUCCAAGAUUGUAUAGUCUUGUGGUUCAAUAAAUGGUCUUUUGAGUUGGA